CUGCUGUGUUUCGAAGUGUUUAGAAUUUAGUUUGUAAAGUGAAUUUAGUUUAUAACAUGGUUGCUCUACUUUUAUCGACUUCAACUACUACAAAUAAGUAGCUCCCACAGUCGUAUCACCUUAUUAUUAAUCUCCAUGAAGAGAGUUCGGUUCUUAACUCCGUGUAGGGCAGACAAUUUGGUUACAAUGAAUGAUUCCGAUUGCCAUUCGCCCCGACCGUUCGUCCAAAGGAAUCUUAAUACGGAAGUGCCGGAGCUACCAUGUGUUCUUGUGCAAGACGUGUUGUAUAGUCCAGACCCUGUCAAUAGAUUUGAGUACAGCGAUACUUCACCUUAUCCGACUGUAAGCAAGACCGAAGUAAUCAGUGGAUUUGAUACGGACAACCAUUGGUCGCCCAGCAAUGAACUGGAGCUGAGCAUGCUCGAUUCAUCAAGCCAGCAACCUAGAAAACAAGUGUACUUUACACCAGUGUCGAGUGCUUCUAGUCAGGAAGACAUAUGCAGUGCCCAGAGCAGGAGGUUACAUUUAACACCUGAACCGUCGACCAACGUUUUAUCUCCCAUUGAGAAUAAUAAAUUUGUGUCACCACCUAAUGUCCUUCAUAAAGAUGAUAACUUCUUUAUAACCCGUGGAGGCUUGAACAGGUUUCAACUUCAGGAUACAGUUCAGGUUCAAAUGAAUAAAAUGUCCUUGGGGAAGGAGAAUCACUACAGUGUGACGUCUCAUGUUCCUGUGAACAGAACCCUAAAACCCUCUAGUCAAGCAUCCAGUGGCAACUUGGAUGAUAGCUGCAGUUGUCAUCAUUGUAAUAAAACUAAAACCCCUUCUAACUUUAAUACUUCAACACCUGGAAAUAUGGAGCACAAUGGGCAAAACUAUUUACACCAUAUAGAAAACAAUUACCCAAACAUACAGCCACCUCCACCACAACCAACCUGUAAUCAUUGCAAAUGUACACAACAAAGACAAACUUCAUAUGUAAGAAAAGAAUCCAUGUCACCAAAACAUCCAAAUGCAGUCGACAAGAAAGCAUGGAUCAUAGAAAGGUAUGAGCAAGCCAAAAACCAAUGCACUGAUGUUGAAAAACAAAUGAAUGUUAGCAAAGAAAAGCGAGAACCAACUGUUGGUGACCUCUUAAAGAUUAUCAAACUACAAAAUGAACAAUUACAAUUGCUACAAGAGAAAGUAGACAAAUUAAUAACAACUGCUAGUUGUGCACCUCAGAUGCCCAUUCAGAAUAUAAUGAGGGAGCAUGUAGCGGUGGAAACUAUAGACAGAGAUCAGCACAAGAUCUCCAUAGGGGUGAUGACAAGUCUGGAGAUGGUGCGAACAUCAACAGUGAUAAACAAAGAGUUGAUGAAGCAAACAUAUGACAAUGCACAGAUACAGUGCAACCGUUCUGAAAUAAGCAUCAAAGAGGUUGUUAAACAGCCUGUGAAUUUGAAUUUUUUAGAUGGUAUAUUACCUGUAGGUAAGACAGUAGAGAGUAUGCAGGAGAGCCCUGACGCACAGCAUGUGUCUAACUGCAAUGAUGAGAAGACGCUGAAUGAGCAGAGUCUGUACAAUGUGCAUGUUGAUAAUGCCACUACACCCCUCAUGUCGCCUGACCAAAGUCUUUACUUGGAUGUUAGGGAUUACAGCGGCUCAGAUUCAGGAAGCGACCACUCCAACGUUGGAUGGACAUACUACAAUAAAGUUAUGACUCACGUGAAUGGUAUGCUCCAAGACUCGGACAUGCCGUCGUCGGCGAGCGCUCUGUACCGCAACACGAGGCAACAGUGUGUGCAGAUGCACAUUGACAAGACCAACAUAUCUGUCACCAAGAGAGUGACAUUCGGCGAUGAGCCAGCCAUUCAGUCCGCCGAUACAAGUCUGCGCAUGAACCAGCUUGCGGCCAAGUAUUUGAAAGCCGCGCCGGCGCCCGCGCCUCGUCAUAACGAGAUGAGCUUCGCUACUAGGAACUAUAUGGAGAGGCACAAGAUUUUCAAGGACAAAAUUCGUCAAGACGUACCCAACAAGCUGAGAUACCCCGGUUUUUAGAUAUUACUACCUUUGAAACAACAAUCGAAGUUGUUAUAGUAUAUUGUUAUCCAUUUACUGUAUAUUGAUUAUGAGUGUAUUUUAAGACAAGGGUACUUUAACGUAUUUGCUAAGUUAUUUAUAUAAGUAAAUAAAACCACAUGAAUUCUC